AUGUCAGAUGAUAACACCACGGAACAAACGGACUCUCAGUCGCUCAUACAUCCAGAUAAUCCAUUGACACAUAGGCUUAGUCCCCAGCAGUUCCAAGCGAGUAUAAAAUUUUACGAAGCUGAUCAAAAAUUGACACCUGAAGAUAGGUUGAAUUUGUCGAAUGAUUUACAAUCAAUUGUUUUCAAGACAGCAUUCGUAAGCUACGGGUCAGCAGUAGCCGCAUUUGGAAUACCGUCUUUUUAUAAUAAAUUCGUUGCACAGCCAGUUCCUCUGAAAGUUCGUCCACUAAUCUACAAGCCCUUCCUUUCAUUUCUCUUAGGGUUGACAACGAUGAUGGUGGUCAAUCAACAAACGCUCAAGUAUCAAUUUCAGAAAAAGAUAGACUACUAUCAAGGAACUCUGAAGACAAAUCAAUUGAACGCUUGGAGGGCAAUGGACUAUCACCAGGCCAGUUUAUUCUAUGUUUAUUAUCGUCGGACUGCUGACAAUCCAAGUUUCAUCAUUAGCGAUCCAAGGAACUUUACCGAAAAGACUCUACAUGAGGUCCACUUUGCUCCUCCUAAGCACAAGAACCAGCAUUAUACCUCAGCAUUGGGUAUUGGGCAUGAUGGCUACGAUGCUGCUGGCUCUUCAACUUGGGAAAGGAUCAGACUGGCAAAUGGCUUUUCAUCUUCCCUGGAUAAUGCUUCUGACAAGUCGUAUCCUUCUAACUCUGAUAAGUAA